GAAAGUGUGAACGCAAGAGCCGUGUUUUUGAGUCCUGUGCCUAGAGGACGGUGACGCACUCCUACAACAUGGACCCACCUGGACCUGGCCCCGGGUCUAAACCCAGACCUGCUCCCAGCUCUGUGUCUCUGAAAAGUGACCGCUCCAUAGACCCUCCUCCUGCGUUUAGAGAGGCUCCUCCUGAAGACCAGAGCACCUACAACAUGGACCCACCUGGACCUGGCCCCGGGUCUAAACCCAGACCUGCUCCCAGCUCUGUGUCUCUGAAAAGUGACCGCUCCAAAACCCCACCUCCUGAGUUUAGAGAGGCUCCUCCUGAAGACCAGAGUGACUCUUCUGAUUCCAGCUCCUACAACAUGGACCCACCUGGGCCUGGCCCCGGGUCUAAACCCAGACCUGCUCCCAGCUCUGUGUCUCUGAAAAGUGACCACUCCAAAGACCCUCCUCCUGCAUUUAGAGAGACUCCUCCUGAAGACCAGAGAACCUACAACAUGGACCCACCUGGACCUGGCCCCGGGUCUAAACCCAGACCUGCUCCCAGCUCUGUGUCUCUGAAAAGAGACCGCUCCAGAAGUCCUCUUAAGUUUAGAGAGGCUCCUCCUGAAGACCAGAGCUCCUACAACAUGGACCCACCUGGACCUGGCCCCGGGUCUAAACCCAGACCUGCUCCCAGCUCUGUGUCUCUGAAAAGUGGCCACUCCAAAGCCCGUCCUCCUGAGUUUAGAGAGGCUCCUCCUGAAGACCAGAGGGAGCCAGGCCCAAAGGAGCAGCUGGACGCCAUAUUCAGGCGUCUGGAGGAGCAGGUCCUGAGGUUUGUCCAACAGCAGCUCCAGAGGCUCCACAGGCUCCUGGCCUCAGAUUACCCAGAAUGCUCCGAGAGUGAGGAGGAGGAGAGCAGAGAGGUUCUGAACAUCACCCUGGACAUCCUGAAGAGGAUGGACCAGGAGCAUCUGGCCCAGCGCCUGUUGAACAGGAGUAACGUUGGGGUUUGCAGAGACAAACUGAAGUCUGAUCUGAAGCAGAGGUUCAGCCGUGUGUUUGAGGGCAUGGCUAAAGCAGGAGACUCCGCCCCCCUCACCCAGAUAUACACAGAGCUCUACAUCACAGAGGGCGGAGCCUCAGAGGUCAACCAGGAACAUGAGGUCAGACACAUGGAGACCACGCCCAGGAGACCGGCCGCUCCAGAGACCACCAUCAAAUGUGAAGACAUCUUUAAACCCCGCCCACACUCACCAGAGCCAAUCAGAGCAGUGCUGACAAAGGGCGUGGCCGGCGUGGGGAAAACGGUGCUGACUCAGAAGUUGAGUCUGGACUGGGCUGAAGGCCACGCCCACCAGGACCUCCAGCUGCUGUUCCCGUUCACUUUCAGAGAGCUCAAUGUGCUCAGAGACACACAGUUCAGCCUGGUGGGACUGCUGCACCACUUCUUCAGUCCAUCCAAAGAUCUGUGCAGCUUCCAACAGCUCCAGGUGCUCUUCAUCUUUGACGGUCUGGACGAGUGCAGACCUCCUCUGGACUUCAGCAGAACCCGAGUCCUGACCGACCCCACAGAGUCGGCCUCAGUGCACGUGCUGCUGGUAAACCUCAUCAGGGGGAGUCUGCUUCCCUCCGCUCGCCUCUGGAUAACCACACGCCCCGCCGCGGCCAAUCAGAUCCCUGCUGAGUGCGUCUCCAUGGUGACAGAGGUGCGAGGGUUCACCGACCCGCAGAAGGAGCAGUACUUCAUGAAGAGGUUCAGAGAACAGGCCACAGCCGUCAUCUCCCACAUCAAGAGCAUCCGCAGCCUCCACAUCAUGAGUCACAUCCCGAUCUUCUGCUGGAUCCUCUCCACAGUUCUACAGAAGCUUCUGGAACAAACGGACGAACCAGAGCUGCCCCGGACCCUCACACAGAUGUACGUCCACUUCCUGGUGGUACAGGCCAAAGUCCAGAACAUCAAGUAUCACCAGAGAUCAGGGGAGGACCUUCACUGGACUCCAGAGACCAAGAAGAUGGUGGAGUCGCUGGGAAAACUGGCCUUUGAGCAGCUGCAGAAAGGAAACCUGAUCUUCUACGAGUGUGACCUGAGCGAGUGUGGGCUGGACGCUGCAGCGGCCUCAGUGUACUCUGGAGUGUUCACACAGGUCUUUAGAGAGGAGCAAGGCCUGUACCAGGACAAGGUCUACUGCUUCAUCCAUCUGAGUGUGCAGGAGUUUCUGGCUGCUCUUCACGUCCAUCACACCUUCUUCAGCUCUGGAGAGAACCUGCUGGAGUCACCACACUCUUCUGAGAGUCCAGACCCUGAGGCCUUCUACCGCUCUGCUGUGGACCAGGCCUUACAGAGUCCAAACGGACACCUGGACCUGUUCCUGCGCUUCCUCCUGGGGCUGUCUCUGCUAACCAAUCAGAGGUUGCUUCAGGGUCUGCUGACUCACCCAGGAAGUGACCAGACCAAUGAGGAGACAGUAAAGUACAUCAAACAGAAGCUGAAUGAUGAGGGUCUGUCUGCAGAGAGAAAACUGAACCUGCUCCACUGUCUGAACGAGAUGAAAGACUUCAGUCUGGUGAAGGAGAUACAGGAGUACAUGAGAGGAGGACGUCUCUCUUAUAUAAACAUGUCUCCUGCUCAGUGGUCGGCUCUGUCCUUCCUCUUACUGUCCUCAGACUCAGUCCUGGAGGAGUUUGACCUGAGGAAGUACAAGGCCUCAGAGAGAGGUCUCCUGUGUCUGCUGCCGGUGGUCAGAGCCUCCACCAAAGCCCUUCUUUGUGGCUGUGGACUGUCCCCUCACAGCUGUGGGCCUCUGGCCUCAGUCCUCAGCUCCUCCAGUCUCACACACCUGGACCUCAGUCACAAUGACCUCCAGGACUCAGGAGUGGAGCUGCUGUGUUCUGGACUGAAGAGCGCCCCCUGCAGACUGGAGACGCUCAGGUUGUCUGGAUGUCUGAUCUCACAGAGGGGCGGAGCUGCUCUGGCCUCAGCUCUGAGCUCCGCCCCUUCCCACCUGAGACAGUUAGACCUGAGCUACAACCAUCCAGGACCCUCAGCCAAGCUCCUGACCGCUCUACAGGACCAGCGCCCCCUGCUGUCUGUCAGGCUGGAUCCUGCUGGAGAGCGCUGGAUGGUUCCAGGUCUGAUGAAGUACUCCUGUGAGUUCUCUCUGGACCCAAACACAGCUCACAGACGUCUCCUUCUGUCUGAGGACAAUUGGACUGUGACACGUGUGGAGCAGGAGCAGGAGUAUCCAGAUCAUGACGACAGGUUCACAUACAACCCCCAGGUCCUGAGCUGCACUGGCCUGAGGGGGCGCUGUUACUGGGAGGUGGACUGGAGCGGGAGGGUUAAUAUAGCAUUGAGUUACAGAGGGAUCAGACGGAGCGGAGAGGAGAGUAGGUUUGGAAACAAUGAUCAGUCCUGGAGUCUGUGGAUCAGUGAUCAUGGAGAGUACUAUGUCUAUCACAACAGAAAGUUAACACGACUCCCUCAUCGCUCAGAGAGAGUGGGCGUGUCCUCUGGCAGAGUGGGCAUGUUCCUGGACUCUGAGGCUGGAGCUCUGUCCUUCUAUGACGUCUCCUCUGAUGGAGAACUGUUCCACGUCUGGACCUUCUCCUCGUCCUUCUCUGAGCCUCUGUUCUUUGGGUUUGGACUGAGGGAUGAAGGUUCCUGUGUGACUCUGAUGAAAGAGACGAGACGAUGAACUAAACACAAGAGAAACUGUAUUUGUCCCACGAUGAGACAGAACAAUGAGAACAACAGAUAUGAAGAGAUAUAAGAGAAAUAAAACAAAAUGGAGCUUAAAUGUUACAGUUUAAAUUUGACUUUGAAUCAAAUAAAGACACAAAAUACAGAAAAUGAGCGACAGGAAAGAACAUGUAGAGUUCUAGUUCUUUACUUUGUCUCCAGACUGUUUUGGACCA